AUGGCUACAGUGCCGCUAUCGGCAUGGGCGCUUCAGGGGCUGGUGGGAGGAGGAGGGAAGGGAGGGACGAGGAGAGGAGGCGGAGAAGGGAAGGGGGGGAUGAGCAUGACAGCUGCGAGUAGAGGGCGCGGUCGCCCUGAUCAUUCCAACAUGAACUCCAAAGCUCCAUGGUGGGCAGAGGAAGUGGCGCUGGAAAGUUUGACGUACCGAGAGGAAGAGAAGGAGAGGUGGGCAAGGCAGGAGGUUGCUCGUCUUGCGGAAGAUCAGGAGCAGAAGAGAAGAAUGCAUGAGAUAUCGUUCCUUCAAAUGAGGGAGCGCAAGGAACGUCUUGCAGCGCACUCCCUUGCGAUAGAGAUGGAAGAGCAAGAACGCCAAAGGCGUAUACAGCAGAGGGAGAAUGCAGCGAGAGAGUCUCUUAUGGAGCAAGAGAAAGAUCACCUAGCGUCGGUUCAGUCGUACCUGGAUGAGAGGGAGCGACAAAUCAACGAGAACUCAGACAACAAGAAGAUUCUGGUGAAUCGAGCGUUGGAGCGAGAGAAGAGGCGGAGAAUGGCAACAGAUCUUGUCUCAAAGACGAAGCAUCCAGACGACACAGCUAUUCCAACGAUCUCUAGCUCGAGCUUACUAGCUAUGAUUCUCAACAAGAAUUAUCUGCAAGACGGACUCAAGGAGAUAGAGUUCAAGAUUCCAAAGUCUCGAUCGGAUGAGAAUGUUUCAUACCAGAGAGUUGUCCAGGAGCAGACGAAGACAGUUCCCUUCACCUCUCCUGAACGGGGUGGGAGGAAGGCUUUCCAGAGUUCAACGGAAGAUACUGCUGUUCCAGCUCCUCCUGUCAACUCCCCAAUGAACUCCCAAGGGAGGCCAGUGACACCCAAGACUGAAUUCAGCCGAAGGCUGCGAGCCAAGUUGUCUUUGCAGGAAAGCUGGGAGAUGAAGAUCUCCGAGAUGCAACUUGACCUGGCCAGUGAAGUAGCAGAGGAUGUUUGGUUCUUGAUCAGAGUCAGUGCCUCAAACAGCUUCGCAAGGACAACGAGAAGAAUGAGAGCGAGCAGACGAAUGGUGUGGGGGGAUGCGAUCGAAGUCUCAGUCGCGGACAGCAGCAACUUUCUCACUCUGUUUGUCUAUCAGUACGGAGAGGAGGGAGGAGACGUGGAUGACUUUGUCGCUCUCGCCUCUGCAACUGUCGAGGUCAAGGACGUUGUUGGGGGCAGCGUGACACGGCAGAUUCGUCUCACCGAGGACGGUCUGGUUGCUAACUCCGUCAAUCAUCUCAAGGAUGCAACCUUGAAGGUCAAGUUGGAGGAUACAGGCGCACUCGGCGACUCAGGGACCUCACAGCUGGGAAUGAGCGGCUCUUGCGACGAGAGCUCCGUAAACUUUCCGGCUGCCUUCGACCUCGAACACUUCACAGCUAAAAUAGUGGACCUUGAUCAAAUGCAAGGCUGGUCCGUGAGCAGAGUUGAUGGAAACGAUGCGGAGGAGAGGUGGCUUGCCUUGGACCUUGCGCAACAGCAUUCAUCUCCUGCUGAAUCCAAAGAGUCCAGCAGCCAGGGCAACGAUGCUCUAUCGCUGUCGCCUCCUGCUGGAGGAGAAAGUCCACAGGAACAGGAGCAGGACAAAGACGUUCUGAUGCCGGAGACCUGCACAGCUCAGAUGGUUGAGCCUUUCGGGAAACGCCCAGGGCCGUUACAAGUUGAUGACGCUCCAAAGGAAGUGGAGGAUUUUCCGACCUCUCAUGCUGCCGACGAGGCUGAAAGGAGUGUCGUCGAUAAAAAAGGUCCUCCAUCCGUCAAGCAUGCUGUUGCUCGGAAACAAACUCCCAGGAAACUUAACGUUCUCAUCUCAUACGCCGAAAAUCUCCCAUCAAUGGACAAGUUGGGCAAGUGUGAUCCCUACGUGACGAUAACGAUGGGGAAGGAAGUAAGGAAGACAAAGACUGUCAAGGACUGUCAUGAUCCCAUCUUUCGUGAAUCGUUCGAGUUCUGGUUGUACGAGGCCCAAGAGCAGCUUGUGCUGACUGUGAUGGACUGGAACUCGUUGUUCAAGGAUGAGGUGAUCGGGACGGGGAGUGUGAGUCUGAGCAACGAGGAGAUGAGAAGGAGGCAGAUUGUGGUUCCCCUGCUGAGACCGGACGGCAGCAGAUUGACACGAGAAGGAGGAGGAGGAGAGAAUGAAGAAACCAUGGCGAGCAUCGUCAUCGACCUCUCCACCCGGCCCGCCGACGACUCGUUCGCCUCCCCCAGCAUCAGCAAGCAAGCUGCCGCCGCCGCCAGUCCCGUUGAAGUCGAGAAUGUCUUUUCCCCAGUGGAGCUGCAGGAGCAAGAAAGCAGAGUGUCCCCAAAGGCCCUCCUCUCGUCCUCCCUUGCCGCCGCGUCCUCUCUUCAGCAUCCUUCAGCACCGCUGUUUCCCGUCCCCAAACUGCAACUUUAUGGAGCAAAAGGUUCUCAAGUCCCAGAAGAACCUGCGCAGCAAAAAGCAAAGACGUUCCCUCCUCCUCCUCAGACCAAUUCUCCUACUGCCCCUCAUCUUUCCACGACGAUUGGGAAGCAGGAAACUGUCACAGCAGUGAACGAGCAGGACGAGGAGCGAGCAAGGUUUGAUUCUUCAGACAAGAACAGCAGAGAUGAAGCAGGUACUGUGCUGGGGAUGGAAAAGCCGGAAGCAGAAAGAAAACAUCUCUCAAAUGCCAAGGGAGAGAUCGCCCAUGCUGACAGCAAGCUGGAAGGAAGAGCAGGGAGGAAGCAGCAGCAGCAGCAGCAGCAGCAGCAGAUGGAAGAAGGGACGAUGAGAGACAUGAAGGGAAGAAGAUCCUACAAGAGCGGGAUGACAGCAGCGCUGAUAAAGCAGUUUGACGCCUCCCGCUUCUCCAACGACGACCACAGGAAAGAUAACGAGGAGGAGGAGAAUGCGGAGGAGGAGGUGGAGGCAGCGGCAGGCAAAGUACCUCCGGAGCCUCUUCGUUCUUCCGCCGCAAAGACUGCCUACCCUCCUGCCCGCGCUGAAGGGAGGAAGAAUACUGCACUAAAGGCGAACCCUUGGUUUGUCUCGAAGCUCGUCCGGCAAGCGCUGGAGGAGGAGUAUGAGCAGGUAGCAAGAGGCGGUACAUCAAGCAGCGAGGACGACGACGAGGACGAGGAGGAGGACGACGAUGACGACGAACAUGUUUUAUCCGCUACGAAACCUGUCGGCAGAAUCCCUUCCUCCUCGUCAUCAGAAGUGGAGGAGGGGAGUAGGAGGACGCGAAUUCUUGCCGGUGUCUCCCAGCCCAACGAUUCAGAUGCUCCAGCGCUUAGGCUGUCAGCAAGAGGAGCACGACCGCAAGGUGCACAUGAUGGCAAGAAACCCAAGAGCAUGAAGAUCACUGAGGAUGAGGAGAUCGCGACUACUGCAAGCAGGAUGAUCGCAAACAUUCGAGCUCGACUAGGGCAGAAGGAUGGGAAACUAUGA